UUAACGGGGGGACAGAACAGAACAGAGCGGAGCAGAUCCGUCAGUCGGUUAGUGUCCGGGGGAAGGAGGCAGACUGAGCGUCGGAAAAGAGGAAAAUGGGAAUAACUCCCCGUAGAUGUGCUUUGUUCCGGUCCACAUCCACGGUGUAGACUCGGAGAACCAACCGUACACCGUGUCUGGUUCUCCGGCUGACAGCGGAUCCGCCGCAGCUAGCUGGGUUAGCAGCCCGCCGUCACCGUGAGGCUCCCGACCGACCGGGCGGGCGGCAGAGGAGAGCUGAGGAGGGGCUGUGACAAAGGAAGGAGCCAUGAACCGCUUCAGAAAGUGGCUCUAUAAACCCAAGAGGACGGACCCGCAGCUUCUGGCCCAGUUCUACUAUGCCGACGAAGAGCUCAACCAGGUGGCCACUGAGCUGGACAGCCUGGACGGCAGGAAGGACCCUCAGAGAUGCACGCUGCUGGUCAACCAGUUCCGGUCCUGCCAGGACAACGUGUUGAACAUCAUCAGCCAGAUCAUGGAUGAAUGUAUCCCCAACGACCGCGCCAACAGAGACUUCUGCGUCAAAUUCCCUGAGGAGAUUCGCCAUGACAACUUGGCGGGACAGCUGUGGUUCGGAGCUGAGUGUUUGGCUGCAGGCUCCAUCAUCAUGAACAGGGAGAUAGAGAGCAUCGCCAUGAGACCCCUGGCGAAAGACCUGACGCGCAGCCUGGAGGAGGUGCGCAGCAUCACCAGAGACCAGGCCCUGCGAGACCUCAACUACUACACAGACCGCAUGAAGGACGCUUUACGACAUUUUGACAGUCUUUUCGCUGAGUUUGAGCUCAGCUACGUGUCAGCCAUGGUGCCUGUGAAAAGUCCCAAAGAAUACGACGUGCAGCAGGAGGUGAUUGUCCUCUUCUGUGAAACUGUUGAACGGGCACUCAGGCUGGGCUACCUAACCCAGGACAUGAUCGAUGACUACGAACCUGCUCUGAUGUUUACCAUUCCCAGACUGGCCAUUGUUUGUGGGCUGGUCGUUUAUCCUGAGGGACCUCUUAACCUCGACCGGAAGUCUGAGGACAUGUCGGAGCUCUUCAGGCCUUUUCGCACUUUAUUGAAGAAAAUCAGAGAUCUCCUGAAGACUCUGACUGAGGAGGAGCUGCUGAGUCUGGAGAAGAACCUGUGCAUCUCCCAGGACGGGGAGUUGGCCUCAAACGGCAUCCCGGUUCCGGUCCAGGAGAACCCGUCUUCCCAUAGCCUCGCCAACGACGCUUCCAACGGGCAGGGCAGCGGGGAAGAAGACCCUCUCCCCGUGUUCGUCUCCCCUGAUCAGGACAAGGAGUUGGCGGAGGUGGAGAGCGGCUGGGAGGAGGUGGAAACCCAAAACGGCGAGGAGGAGCCGGAGCAGGGCCUGCUGUGCGAGGAGGCGGAGGAGGCGGAGCUAGCCUGCUCCAUGCAGUACGACGAGGAGGAGCUGGAGCAGCUCAACAUGAUGGUGUACAGGGUGGGGGACGAAAUGUCCACGCUGCUGUCCCCGCCCAGCCAGGGCCAGUCCCCGGCCCGUCGGCCCAGCAGGGGGGAGCCCGCCGGCUCCAGCGGGGCCUCCAGCACCCAGGCGUCGCCACGCAGGAUGGCGGCGAACCGAAUCAGAACCGGCGUCUACGUGGAGGAGGAGGAUCGGGUUUUCUUCAUGGAGGACGUCGACGCGGCAGGAGACGGCAGCUGCAUCGUGUCUCCUAAAGCCCUGCCUAAAGGAUCGACGCCUCCACUGCAGCAGAAACCCGGACCCGGUUCUGGUAUCAACGGAUGGAGCUCUGCCACAACGUCGGAGCAGCCCUGUCCCACGGCAAAACGCCCCCUCUGCUCCCACGCACCCCGCAAUGAGCCGCUGCCUUACAGCAACGGCUGGGACAGGGGGUUAGAGGGCACUGCGUCGGAAACGGCGGAGGUCAUCGCCCACCGCAUGGGCGGGAUGAAGCUGUCGGCCACCGUCAUCUUCAACCCGCGCUCACCCAGCCUGACGGAGCUGGCCGUGGACAAGCUGCUGCUGCCCCGGCCCGCUGCAUCUGAGAUCGAGCCCUGCGGCCCUCUAGUGGCCACUCACUGUCUGCUGAACUCCUGCGUGUGCUGCGGGAGCUGCGAGGACGCUCAUGAAGACGGUGGCGUUGCCUCGGAUACCGCCGGCUUGGAGCUGGGCCUGGCUCUGGGUCUGGACAAACACUGCAAGAGGCCGGCGUCCAGCGCCGUCAUCCAGUCCGCUGCCUGCCAGCUGCCGCCGCGUGCCCACCAGCGGUUCGCUAAGGGCGAACUCGCCCAGCAGACUCCCCCGUCCGCCUGCCGCCCUGGGGAUCCGCCAGCGGAGCGCUCAGAUUCGCUGCUCUGUGACAAGUGUCUGGUGGCUCCAGGUCGGGGCUCCAGAGGAGGCCAGGGAGCGUCAACGUUCAGCCGCCAACUGAGCCACGACAGGAGGCAGCAAGCCGGCGAAGCCCGGCAGCGAGAGAACAACCUGGACAACGACAGAAUAGACAAUAAGGAGCCCAAGGAGGACAUUAGGAGAUGCUUCAGUUUUCAGAAGUCGCCCCUCAGCUCUGUGUCAGGUAGUGACUGCGACAGUGUGUCGGUCACCACAUGUAGUCUGUCGAGCAGUGCUUACACUCCAAGCCCCGUCAGCAGCCUGACUCCGAGCUCAGGGACUUCGGAGGACCUGGACCAGCAGGAGAUCAGGCUGGCGCUGCAGGACGCCAGGGUGGCAGCGAGGAGCAAGAUCCGCUCCCGGUUUCACAGCAGCAGUGACCUCAUCCACCGUCUCUUCGUUUGCAUAUCAGGCGUCGCCGAUCAGCUGCAGACCAACUACGCCAGCGACCUGCGAAGCAUCCUGAAGACUCUCUUUGAAGUAAUGGCGACGAAGUGCGAGCAAGGAGACAACAAUAAGCAAAAAAAGGUAGGCCCCGUUCUGCGCAGUGCGGUGCUGGAGGAUUGUGCUCUCUGUCAGGAAACUAUUUCUUCAUCAGAAUUGGCAGCCAAAGCCCGGGAAGGACAGUUUGAAGAUCCUCCAGACUGGGUCCCCGACGACGCCUGCAACUCCUGCAUCACCUGCAAGGCUCCCUUCACCGUCAUUCGCAGGAAGCAUCAUUGUAGGAGCUGUGGAAAGAUCUUCUGCUCCCGCUGCUCAUCCCACUCGGCUCCGCUGCCGCGGUACGGCCAGGUGAAGCCCGUCCGGGUCUGCACCCACUGCUACAUGUUUCAUGUCACGCCUUUCUACAGCGACAAGCCCGCCAUCUGAUCCCAGGUCAGAACCAAAAAGCACACCGUCUGCUCCAAGAGCAUAAUAUGCAACGGACAGAUUCACUCCACAGUGCUCCAGAUAAUCCUUAAAGGUCAUGAUUGUAGUUGCUGACCUCAGCCGCAGGGAGCGGAGAGUCCAGCCCAGAACCUCGGGUCUGAUUGUAGGAAUGCCGAGGCGUCAGCAGAACUGAAAGUCCAAUCGCUCUGCAGUCUGCUUCACAGAAUCAGAACAUUUUUCUCUUCUGCAGGUGUGAAUAAUCAAGCUUCCUGUUUGCUUCUGUGAGCUUCCCACAUGUGUCCCGGUGCUGGCGCUCCAACAGAACUCAGAUCAGUAGAGCUGGACGAUACGGCUUCAAAAUUUAAUCUGAGAUCUGGUUUCCAAUUUUUUUCUUUUCUAAAAAAUAAAUUAAUAUUUGUAUUUCAAUUAUCUCUUCUGCAAACUGUACGACAGAGUAUCAGAGCCAGGCUACAAAAUGUUUUUUAAUUAUGAGAAUAAUAUAAUGUUAGCAGAAUAAUGACACAAUUUUACCAAAAGAACAUCUUAAAAUUACAGGAAAAUACAUUUUAAUGAGAAAAGACUUCUAUUUAUCAGGAUCUGACAUGAGCAGAUCAGUUUGUUGUUCUAAAUAGAAACAUUAAUUUCAAAGUCCUGCUACUGAUACUAAUUUAAUGCUGACAUGUUAAAUUUUUUUUAAUUAUUUUCACAUCUUA